AUGGCAGAAGUCGAUGUCUCACUUCUCUCCAGACCACCAGAGAUCUGCUCUGUCGCACUGCUGGUCCCCCAUGAGGCCCGCGGCUGUAACCCUGCUCGAAACCUUUCUGCGUUGCGGCCAAGCAAUGGUUCCUUUCAGAACGGACAUAUACUUCAGCACGCGCAGAACACUGAGAAACACGGCGAGAUCGCUGUAUCUGUGGGACCAGACGGGGGGCUAUCACAGCCACCGGGGAACCAUCAUUUGUGCCAACGCGGAUCAUGCGUGACCCUUAAGGUUAAUGGAGCCGCUCAAGUGUUUGCCGUGAAUAGCUCCGUGAGAUUCAAAGGGAGGAAUGAAGCUAUCGCCAACGCCGUGCUUCGUGCUUCCCCUCCGUCCCCUCCGUCGGCAAACUCGCAGUGUCUCGAAGCGCAGACAGCAAUGGCGAAGAGUGCAAUGAGCCUGUCCCGGCGCCCGUACAACCAGGGGCAAGGUACCCGCCCUGAAGGGGGUGGGAUUCGACUGCUGAUUCGUCCUCAGGCGAGUCCGUCAUGA